AUGGAGCCGCCGCGGCCGCGUUACUGCGCCUCGUCCUCGCCGCCGGGUCGCGGCGGGCGGGAGAACAAGGGGCUCCGCCGGAAGGGCCCGCCGGGGACCGGGAGCGCCGGAGGCGCCGAGGAGGCGGCGGACAGCAGGAAGCCCAAAUUCCACUUAAAUAUCAAGACACUGACAGAUGAUGUGUUGGAUAGAUUUGCCAGUAUAAGAAUUCCAAGAAGUAAAAAAGAAAGACCUCCUCUGCCACAUAUGAAGCAGUCACAUUCUACAGACUGGUCAUCCACACCCAUGGAGCCAGAGGAUUUUGCUCAGAAGCCACUGUCGGAAAGAGAAAUCAUAGCACUGUUUGAAAAAAUGAUGGAAGAUAUGAAUUUAAAUGAAGACAAGAAGAUGCCAUUGAGAGAAAAGGAUUUUAAUACCAAAAAAGAAAUGGUGAUGCAAUAUAUUAGCACUGCUUCCAAGUCUGGAAGUCUCAAGAACAGUAGGAAGAUUUCUCCCCAAGAAUUUAUUCAGGAUUUAAAAUCUGGGUCAACGGAUGAAAGACUAGUCACUUGCUUAGAAUCUCUCCGUGUGUCCUUGACUAGUAAUCCUGUCAGCUGGGUUGAAAACUUCGGCCGAGAAGGUCUGGGACUGCUGCUGGAUGUUUUGGAACGAUUGGUUGAGACAAAAAAUCAGGAUAGACUUGUGAAGAGGAGUCAGCAUAAAGUUAUACAGUGUUUGAGAGCCUUCAUGAAUAAUAAGUAUGGGUUGGAAAGAAUUUUGGGAGAAGAGAGGAGCCUUUUGUUGCUGACCAAAGCAAUUGAUCCCAAGCAAACUAACAUGAUGACGGAUAUAGUUAAGCUCUUAUCUGCCAUGUGCAUUGUUGGAGAGGAAAACAUCCUUGAAAAAAUUUUGGAAGCUGUAACAACAGCAGCAGAGGAGAGGAAUGUUGAUAGAUUCUCUCCUAUUGUAGAAGGUCUUCAGGAUAACUCAGUUCAGCUGCAAGUAGCUUGCAUGCAGCUCAUCAAUGCUCUCGUUACAUCUCCUGAUGACUUGGAUUUUAGGCUUCACAUCAGAAAUGAAUUUAUGCGCAGUGGAUUGAAAGAGAUAUUGCCGCAACUACAGUGUAUAAAGAAUGAAGCACUAGAUAUUCAGCUGAAAGUGUUCAAUGAGCAUAAAGAAGAAGACAUGAUUGAAUUCUCUCAUCGUUUAGAAGAUAUUAGAUCUGAACUAGAUGAAGUAAAUGAUGUUUACAACAUGCUGUGGAAUACAGUUAAGGACACUAGUGCCGAAGGAUAUUUUCUUUCUAUUCUCCAACAUCUUUUACUGAUAAGAAAUGAUUAUUUUAUCCGUCCACAGUAUUUCAAAUUAAUUGAAGAGUGUGUGUCACAGAUAGUGUUACAUCGAAGUGGGACAGACCCAGAUUUCACGUAUCGUAAGAGAUUAGAUAUAAAUUUCAGCCACUUACUAGAUGUUUGUGUAGAUAAAGCAAGACUAGAAGAAUGUGAAGAGAGGGCUUCUGAACUUUCCAGAAAAUUUGAAAAAGAUUUUGUAGUUCAUCAGGAGACCCAGGCCCUGCUUCAAAAAAAAGAGGAGAGAAUCAAUGAACUUGAAACAGAAUUACAAGCUUUUAAAUCACAGUAUGGCUCUGUACCGCCUGGUUUUCUGCCAUCAACUCGAGGAGAUGCAUCUGUUGUUCCACUGGAAGGCGCAGGAACACAUCAGUUUCCACCCCCUCCUCCUCCACCGCUGCCUUCUAAUGGAGCAAUUCCACCACCACCGCCUCCCCCUCCUCCUCCACCACUUCUGAACAGCUUGGGAGCUCCUCUGGGUUUUGGUGGUGCUCCUCCACCACCGCCUCUACCAGGCCUGCCUGGGAUACAGUGGUCCCCGCCUUCAUGUGCUUUGCCAUUUGGAAUGAAGCCUAAAAAAGAAUUCAAACCUGAGGUUACCAUGAAAAGACUCAACUGGUCUAAGAUCAGGCCUCAGGAGAUGACAGAAUCCUGUUUUUGGGUUAAGGCAGAAGAAGACAAGUAUGAGAAUGCUGACAUGCUUUGCAAAUUGGAACAUACGUUUUGCUGUCAAAAGAGGGUAAAAAGAGAGGAGGAGGAUUUUGAAGAAAAGAAAUCCAUUAAGAAACGAAUCAAAGAAUUAAAAGUUUUGGAUCCUAAGAUUGCACAGAAUUUGUCGAUUUUCCUUGGAUCUUUCCGAGUGCCUUAUGAAGAGAUCAAAAUGAUGAUAUUGGAAGUAGAUGAAACACAGCUCUCAGAGUCCAUGAUUCAGAAUUUAAUAAAACACCUCCCUGAACAAGAACAAUUGAAUGCGUUGUCCAAGUUCAAGAAUGAGUAUAACAAUUUGUCUGAGCCAGAGCAGUUUGGAAUUGUGAUGAGCAACGUGAAGAGACUACGGCCACGGCUCAGCGCUAUUCUUUUUAAGCUUCAGUUUGAGGAGCAGGUGAACAACAUCAAACCUGACAUCAUGGCUGUCAGUGCUGCCUGUGAAGAGAUAAAGAAGAGUAAAAGCUUUAGCAAGCUGCUGGAACUAGUAUUGUUAAUGGGAAACUACAUGAAUGCAGGUUCUCGGAAUGCACAGACCUUUGGAUAUAAUCUCAGCUCGCUAUGUAAACUGAAGGACACAAAGUCGGCAGACCAGAAAACAACGUUGCUCCAUUUUCUUGUAGAAGUGUGUGAAGAAAGCUAUCAGGAUGUCCUGAAUUUUGUUGAGGAUUUUCAACAUUUGGAUAAAGCUAGUAAAGUCUCAGCAGAAAACCUGGAGAAGAGCCUCAAACAUAUGGAAAGGCAACUUCAACAGCUUGAGAAGGAUUUGCAGACUUUUCCAGUUCCUGAAGAUAAGCACGAUAAGUUUGUAGCAAAAAUGUCAAGCUUCCUAGUUCAUGCCAAAGAAGAUUUUCAGAAACUUGCACGGAUGCAUGAGAACAUGGAAAAACUCUAUCAGAACGUGAUGGGGUAUUAUGCCAUUGACCUGAAGAAAGUUUCAGUGGAGGAGUUUUUAACAGACUUAAACAAUUUCAGGAUGAUGUUCAUGCAAGCAGUAAAAGAAAAUAUGAGAAGAAGGGAAGCAGAAGAAAAACAGAGACGUGCUAAAAUAGCUAAGGAGAAGGCAGAGAAAGAAAAACUAGAGAGACAACAAAAGAAAAAACGCUUGUUAGAAAUGAAAACAGAAGGUGAAGAGACUGGAGUGAUGGAUAGCUUGUUGGAGGCCUUGCAGUCAGGUGCGGCUUUUCGAGACCGAAGGAAAAGGACGCCAAGGUCCAAAGACAUACCACAAAAUCUCAGUCCAGCCACACAGCGGCCUGUGCUGAAAGCUUGUAACCAUGAGAACCAGAAAGGACAGCCAGAGAAGCCAUGUUUGCACCACAGUAUCAAUUUAAACUCGACAAGAAGCCCAGUCACCAAAGAAGUUACAUAUGAUGUGGAAACAAGUUCUAAGGUGUUGAAUAAGGCUGUUGGGAGAAAGGAAACCUGUCAUGGAGAAGGUGGCAAAGAAAGGAAAAUAGAUCGUAUCGGGUCCCCUUCUAAGGGAGAAGCCAUUCCAGAAGUAGAAGCUCUCUUGGCAAGGCUGCGAGCACUAUAGAAUAAUCAUAGAACAUAUUAAAUAAAAGUUAAAAGCAAUAGCCCACACUACAUCUUUGAAGAAAAAGUAAUUUUCUAUUUUUGACAUUACAUGCUUCUGAGUUCCUAACUUCUCUGUGGAUGAUCUGCUUCUAAACUUUGCUUGCAAGACUAUACAAAACAAUACUAUAAUUUUACAUAACUUCAAGAUGGUUUUUUAUUAUAUGUUUUUACUUAAUAAGCAUAUGAAAAGUAUCAGAAGAAAAUAAAUGCAAAAUUGUUCCAAAGCACAAUCCUUUUAGUGGACAGAAUGCUAACCAUCUGUUUUGAGUACUUCUGAAAAUAGGAAUAUCUUUUAAGUAUUGUUAACUCAUCAUGCCUGGUAAUAGGGUCAAUAAAUAGCAGAAAAGGUAUUCUUAUAUUUUCUACUGUAAUUUCUAUAUUUAGGAGGCUAAAGCACCAAAAAUGUAUCAUUAUACUGUCCUUUACAAUUACAGUAAUAUACAGUAUCAGCCAUAUUCCAGUUUGAGCUCAUCAAAGCUUGCUGAACUAUAGAAGUAUUUACCAAAUGGUAAUCCAUGGGUGGUAAACAAAAAAAAUCUAUGCAAAUAAUAUACUUUAUAUGUAAUUAAUAUAUCACUGCUUUUAAAGUUAUUAUGAUUAUUAUAUCAAAAUAAUAUAUACAGUUGCAUUGAUUGAAAGGUUUUGCAGUUGUGUCUUUAGUGGGGGAAAGUAUCUUCACAGUUAUUUACCAGUGUAAUAUUUUAUCUUUUCACAUGUGAAUUAAUAUGUUUCUAUAAAAGGGACAUGUAAUGGGGAAGAUUUUUUCAAUUGGUUUUUCACAAACUCAUUUUCCAGUAGCCCAUAAAGUCUUACUUGCUGGCACAACAGGAGUCUUGCAAGUGAUUGCAUCUCUUUUAUCCCACUGUCACUGUACAGUGUUGCUUGUUCACUAUCAUAUUUAUUAAUUGCACAUCAGAAAGAGUUGCUACCAAUGUUACCAAGUAGGGAGCUAUUGUUAGUCUCUUUGCUCUGUUAUUUAAAGCUUCCUUACUAUAAGAGUGUAUAAGAAUCUAAUAUCUUUCUUCUGAAUUACUUUAUUUUUCUUUACAAAAUGCUGAAAAAUAUGUCUUUCAAUAAGAGCCAGUUACAUUAAACCAGUGUUUCAAUGCUCCAGUGCUUUUUAUAUCCUUGUUUAAGUUGCCUUUGUACUUCCUGCACUAAACAUUAAUAAAGUUAAUUAGAACUCGAAAA